CUGCUCAGUCUCUCCUGCUCGCCCUAACAGAGACAGAGACGAGCUCGCGCUCAGAGACUCUCGCGCAGCUGCGGGAUGCUGUGAACCCGCGGGGACGCUACACCGUCACUCCGCGCGCCUCCUCUCCGCCGCGCGCGUCUCUGAGGAUUUAUCGCGGUUUUUUCAGGCUUCAGUCAGUCUGCGCGCGCGAAAAAGUUCCGCUUUCCCCUUCAAACUCAAACUAAAGGUCAACACGGUUCGGUGUCAGUGGUCAGACACUGAUCGGCCACUCGCGAGGGAAAAACUGACCGCGAGAUUCUCACACACCCGUUAAACUGGCGCGGUAACUGGGGGUCUCUCUGUGAUUUGCCCGUGACACCUGUUUGCGCGCGCGGUAUGACCCCUCGUGGACGGGGGGAGGGUGGGGGUGGUGUCGAGGUGACCGCAGCUGGGCCGAUGCAGAAGUCUUAGCGCCCCUCACCAUGUGAGGCGGACGGACCGAGCAAGGAUGAUCUAUGAGCUGGACGCCUCGAACUACAGCUCCAACUGGACCGAGGAGGGUGGCCUGUCCGCGCUGGACACAGACUGGAGCGACACUCCCGAGGAGAGGCUGUCGCGCGCUGGCCACGCCAUGGUGGCCGUCAUCCUGGGCUUCGUCAUGGUGUUCGGCUUCCUCAACAACCUGCUGGUGCUCGUGCUGUUCUGCAGGUUUAAGACGCUGCGCACGCCGGUCAACCUGCUGCUGCUCAACAUCAGCCUGAGCGACAUGCUGGUCUGCGUGUUCGGCACCUCGCUCAGCUUCGCCGCCAGCCUGCGCGGCCGCUGGCUGGUGGGCAGGAGGGGCUGCAUGUGGUACGGCUUCGUCAACUCCUGCUUCGGUAUCGUGUCACUGAUCUCGCUGGUGGUCCUGUCGUAUGAGCGGUACAGCACUUUAACUGUAUACAACAAGCAGGCCCCUGACUACAGAAAGCCCCUGCUGGCUGUUGGGGGCUCCUGGCUUUAUUCCCUGCUGUGGACAUUGCCCCCUCUACUGGGCUGGAGUAGUUACGGUCUAGAAGGAGCAGGAAUGAGCUGUUCAGUGACGUGGACGUCCAAAACCCCACAGUCGCAGUCCUACAUCAUCUGCCUCUUUAUAUUCUGCCUGGGCAUUCCCGUGCUGGUCAUGGUCUACUGCUAUAGCCGGCUGCUGUACGCUGUUAAACAGGUGGGGCGGUUCAGGAAGACGGCUGCCCGGCGAAGAGAGUACCACAUCCUGUUCAUGGUCCUCACCACCGUGGUGUGCUAUCUGGUGUGCUGGAUGCCAUAUGGUGUGGUUGCCAUGACAGCCACAUUCGGCCGCCCAGGCCUCAUCACACCCGUGCUGAGUGUGGUGCCCUCCCUGCUGGCCAAAAGCAGCACUGUCUUCAACCCCAUUAUUUACAUCCUCAUGAACAAGCAGUUCUACAGGUGUUUCCUGAUUCUGUUCCACUGCAAGCACAGAUCGCAGGAGAAUGGUCACUCCAUGCCAUCGAGGACCACGGUCAUCCAGCUGAAUCGCAGGCUCUGCAGCAACACCGUGACGGCCAACGUGCCCACCUCCCUCAGGCUCAACAACAAAGAGUGCAGCCCUCCUGCCUCAGUCCAGACCAAUCUGCCCGAAAUCACUCCCUGACUGCUUAACAAGCCUCUUCAUAAGCACCGUAACCUGGCUCGGGAUCGAGUGAGAUACAAUCGUUCUUCCCGCCUGAGGGAGUAAGGAUAAGGAUAGCGUUCCUCGGUAUGGGCCAAAAGGCAUGUCUAGACUGGGAUGUUGACCCUGAGUCUGUGUUCACUGACCAUGCUAUUCUGUCUUUUGAUCCUGGUCAUUUCACAUGAAGUACUCCGUUUUGCUGCUGAAUGUCUGUCAGUAUUCUUUAAAUGGCUUUGCUAAAUGUAAUGGAGAACAAUGUGUACAUGUUGAUGGAAUACAAAACCAUGACUAAUCAAUAUACUGAGUCAAUGUGUUUGGAACAAAUGUCUUGUUGGAUCCAUAAACCAGACAAUGGAGUCAAAACCUGUCGCUUUUGGAGCCCAAAAUGAAGAUUCCAACUAAUGUUGGCGUGCACCCAACAACAGCAGUCUGAAGCAUCAAGCUCCUGCCAGGGUUCCUUGUCUUGGGCACCUGCCCAAACUCUGACAGAGCAGUGUCUAAAGAUAGGUGCUAUUUUGUUUGAGCUGUAUGUUUAGUGAUGUGUGCAUGUAGUGAUUAUAUCAGGAGGCUAAAGAGCUUCAGGAUUCAAGUCAUUCAGGAAAUAAGAUAGAAAGUAGCUCAUGAGGAUGACUGAAGCCUCUUUAAAUCAAGUUCUGAACAACAAUGGACUAGGCCCUAGACUUCUGUCCAGCCCAGCUCACCACAAUCAUUCGGACACCGACUAUCUUUGUGUAUCCCCUUUCAGCGUACCCGGACAGGGGAACCCAUCCUCUUCUGGUCGACCCCGGACAGCAAACAGUCCAUGGCAGCUAAACCUCAAAACUUACAGGGCUUCAAAACUGCUGCUAACAUCUUAGUACGAGGUACCAUGCUGCACCUUCAGAGGCCUAGUAGAAUCCAUGCCUCGGCAGGUUGGAGCAGUUUAGAGGAACAGCUGACUAAGCAUAAUGUUUUGGCUCAUAGGUGUACAUUGACCAUUCUACCAAAUCAAUUCAGAUUGCAGUCCCACACUAAA